CGUCACACCAGUUUACGGAAGUGUAACCACCCACUACAAAGAUGGAGGACGAUAUCUCAGAUUUGAGCAGACCACAAAUGUACUUGUUUGGUUGCACCCUCAAAUCGGACAAACGGGAGUUCAAAGUUGACGUAGACGACGAUGAUACGGAGCAACAGCUGUCACUCAAAGCAGUGUGUCUGGGAGCCGAGGCGGAGGAUAAGUUCCACAUGGUGGAAGUGGAGGGCCUCACUUAUGAUGGAAAAAGGACCAAAGUGCCACUGGUUGUCCUAAAACCGUCGGUCCUGCCCUCUAUGAGUUUAGGUGGAUUUGAGAUCACCCCUCCAGUUACCUUCCGUCUCCAGUCUGGCUCUGGACCAGUUCACAUCAGCGGGCAGCAUUUUGUUAGUGUGAAAGAUACAGAGGAUGAAGAAGAGGAGAACAACUCGUCACCAGUGAAGCGGCCUGCCAGCCUGAUGUCGGGGAAGAAGCCUCCAUUGAAAAAACUGAAGAUGGAUUCUGACGAUGAUGAAGAUGACAGCGAUGAGGAUGAUGACGAUGAUGAUGAAGAUGAUGACAGUGAUGAAAAUGGUGUGAAGCCUCAGAAGAAUGUGGGAAAAGAACUCAAGAAAAGCCUAGAGUCUUCAGCAAAGAAGCCCAACAAGACUCCGAUGAAACAAAACGGCCCCGCAGGAAAACCAUCAGGAUCAGCGGUCAAAGCACAGAUUAAGACACCUGCCCCAGGAAAAGACAAACCCCAGGCAGGCCCGUCUAAAUCUCCCUCUCUGACUGAGAUUAAGAGCAAGUUGUCAACGGCAGCCAAGGAGGGAAAACCACUACCGAAGACCGAGCAGAAGUUUGAGAAUUUCGUGAGGAGUUCUUUUAAAAUCUCAGACAAAAAAGUGGUCAAGGACCUUUGGAGUUUUGUACAAACACUGAAGAUUGAGAAGAAGUAACAAACCUUGUACUUGGAAGCAUUUGUAUGUUUGGCAUCCUGCAAGACAUUUAAAGGCACAGUCAGCAAGAUUUCCUACUUGGCCUUAUUAUGUCAUCAUUGCUAACUCUGACUUAGAGUGAAGAGAAGGACUGAGUGCUGGAAAUGGGUAAAGUUAUUACUGAUUCAGGUGUCAUCGUUUUUUCUUAGAUGCGAAGCACCUCCUGGAGCCAAUCAGUAAUUCACACACAUAUUCACUUAUUCACGCUCAGCAGACAGAAUUAAGGGGAAGCUGUCCACUUCAUCAAAUGCCAAUCUGCACCACCAAUUAGGACCUGCAGAUGUCUAUUCUGCUUUCUUUCCUACAGGAAGGAAAUAGCUGCUGCAGUUUUAACACUUGCGCCACGAUACAUAUUGCACUUGCAGAUUUUUAUAGGUACAAUAACAAUUACUGAUAUGUAAAUGAGUAAGUAACAACAAAGGUUAUAAUUCAAGUAUUCAGAGCAAAGAUGGACCAGGCAGUUAAUCAUUGCUAUUUUUUAUAUGACCUUUCUUUCAUAUCUCUUUUAUUUUACAACAAAUCUGUGAGGUUUGGCAAAAGUAUCUUUUUUUUUUUUUUUUUUGGUACUACCACAAGGAGUCGUUAAGACAUACAGACAUACAUUUUAAAAUCCUACACACAAGGGCUCAUACAUUAAAACAUAAAUUCUCAAACAGCAGCUAUAAAAGUGACAGCAACUGCAGAUGGUGUAACUGUCAAAGUACAGAAGCUAUUCCUUUCCUUGCCUGUAGAAGGUGAGAUCUGCAUGCUUACGUGUAUAGUAGCAGCAUGUUGCAUUGGAAUUGCAGGUGUUAAACUGCUGGUGCUGCAGCUAUGCAGUUUGAUGCUGUUGGCUGAGCCUGGUUUUAGGUGCUUCGCAUCCAUGACACUGUGUGUCCUUGUUAAGUGAAAAAUGCAAUAGGAGAUAUUGCAGAAUGUGCCUUUAAAUAUCUCUACUGUAAACUGAGAUAAAUCAGAGUCCCAUUGUGUGUGAAUUUGAGCAGUAUAAACAAUGAUGGUUAAGACAGAUGAUACUGGGGGACAGUGACUAUAUAUUUUUCCUCUAAAGUGUUUUUGUCAUUUUAGGUUCUGUCUGGCUUUACAAAGCAUUAUUAGCUUACAGACUAAAAAAAUCUGUCUCUAUACAUAUUGUACAGAAAUUCAUCAGCGUAUGUCGAGAUGUUUUCUUUUUCUAAAUCUUCUAUUUUGGCUCGGUUCGGUCAUCUCCUGCAGCAGAACAUGCAACAACUGUAUUUUUUCAGAGCUUGGCCGACAACACCAAGGCUUACUUUUUGUUUCUUGCAGUGAUGAAGCAAAUAAGCAAAAAAGAUUCAACUGUUCAUAAAACAUUUCAGUGAAAAAAAACAAUGCCAUCUGGAGACAGUAUGAACCAUAUAUCUACAUCAGUGUUGCAUAUCUUUAUCAGUUAAUCUGUUGACUGACUGUUUCAUACCAUUUUACCAGGAAUGCACCGGACAUUUCUAGACGUGAAAAGUGUCAUGUUUUUUUUUAAUGCUUUCAAUACAAACGUUGGUAAGUUUAUAUUAGGGUUAUCUACACUUGUAGAACAUGCAGAUAUUUCCUAUUUCAGAUGGCAUUUUGUAGUAUGAAUUCAUAUCAAGCCCAUUAACAUCUAUCAUCAUUUUUUUUUUUGAGAGGGUAUUCAUUACAGUGAUUACAGCCAAAAAACAUCUGUAGCAAAAGUGUUCAUAUAAGCAGUACACAAAACAUUCUCAAGGCUAUUAUGAGCUCUAUAAAACAGAUGCCCCGACUAAAAGGUUUUUCUUUAAAGUAAUGUAUGUUACAUAUAAAAAGUUAAAGGCACGGCAAAUAGAUUGUUUACUAGCUCCAGGAGUAUAUUUACAACGUGGCACUAACACUGUUUCCAGUGUAUUUCAGUGUACUCUAAUGCACUAAAAACAGAUUACAAGCCUAUGAUUAACACAGAUUAUCUUAUUUAUUGCAGCAUAACCAUAAGGUAUAUAUCAGAAAAUUACAUCAGAGUAACUUGACGUCACCUUUACAGAAACCCUAUAAAGAACUCAACCCCAUAAUUGUUUGCACUCUUGUAUAUCGAUGCUCUGGUGACAAUAAGCAUACACUUGCUCAGUGCUUAUAAUGUGUUUAUGAUCCCGUAUAAGGCCUUUUAUUAGCCAAAUGUCGGCAGUUGGACCAUCUUUAACCAAUCAGAUUUCUUGGUCCAACCUUCCUCAUGUCUGUAAAGGAUAAUUGGAAUUCCUUAGCUGUAAACUGUACUACUUCAACAAAUUUAGGUUAUUGAAGUCACCCUAAUAAUUGACCUAAAUAUUACUUUUGAAAUAUCCUGAAUGCCCUCUUUUGUAUUAAGGUUUCAGUAGGAAUGGGUUGCCAUCCCCUGGCCCUAUUUCCUUUUUUGACUUGUGUAUGAGUUCAUAACGGAGUCCUUCUUGAAUGAUUUUGAUCAACUUACCGCUUAUCAAACUUAAUGGACUUAUUUCUGUAAAUAAACCUCUUGCUUUUAUUUACAUUUACGGCAGCUGAACAGUUUUAAGUGUAUGCUUAAUCCGCCCAUGCUAAUAGCUGGUUUUGCAGCUUGGAUCUGUUGUUAUGAUCUUUAUUUGAAAUGUUGUGUUCUAGUUGAGUACAGAAGUUUUAUGUUGAGUAUAAAACCCCUUUUAAAAUGUAAAUUUGUUCCCGUUUUUGUUAACUUCUCGUUUUAGUUUUUUCAAGCUGUCCUCCUUUGAUUCUGUUUUCAAGGCAGUACCUAAAUGUGUCCAAGUAGGGAAAAAAAUAAUGAUCUUUUGUGAUUAUUUGUUGCUGAUGGCUAAUUUUUAAACAUUUUAUUAAUAAAAUGUGGUUGAAAUUUAGCUUUCAAAAAUGUAAUUUGCAACAAAUACUGUAGUUUGACUGCUCGUUACAGUGCUACUAGCAUGGUGAAACCUUGAGUUUAGAACAGCAUUGUUAAGUAUUAAAGUUCUGGAUUUUGAGCGGCAGUAAAUAAUUGACUAUCAGACUAUCAGACUAAAGUAGUUCUGAUAUUUUUUUCUUUAAUCUUGCCUUGUAUAUAUGACCUGAAAUACCUACUGUGAAACAUCAGUAUGUUGUGAUAGGCAUCUUUAAUUUGAACUGACAAGAAUCAAGGCUCAUACAUAGUUGCUGCAUACGUCAGUGCCAGUUAAAUUGUAACACACUGUACUCAUGUGAAAUCUGAAUGUGUAUGAAUAGAUGGUGGCUGUGCAUUUUGUCCUUUUAGUCAAACUUUAUUGAUUAGUUCAUGCAUGACUGCUGAUAGUGGAUAUUCCUUUUUUCAUGGUUUGUUGAGAUGAACAUGUCCAUCCUUUUUAUUUCCUACCUGUAAUAUUUACCUGAAUAAAGUGAAUCCCAGCUGGU